UAUCCUAGAGAAAUGUCUGACGACUCCAGUGAUGAGAAAGAAAGGCCAUUGGUUGCAAAGACCGCGGUUGACUUGCAAAGGCUGAAACUCAUAAAACUAAUGAAGAACCCGGAUAAGCCAGUCAUAAUACCAGAUCGACCAAAAGUCAAAGGGACGCCAUCCGUACCUGAAUUCGUAAGGAACGUUAUGGGAAGCAGUGCUGGUGCAGGAAGUGGAGAGUUUCAUGUUUACAGACAUCUGAGGAGAAAAGAGUACUCCAGACAAAAAUACAUUCAAGAAAAAAGUCACAAGGAGAUUCUCAAUGAAGAGUAUCACAAAAAACUGGAGGAAAACAAAAAGCUAGCGGAAGAACUCACAGCAAAAAAGCGUGCUAAGAGACUCAAAAAAAAGCAAAAGAUGAAGAACAAAAAGUUUAAGCCCAAUCGAAACCAAAAUAUUCAAGAGAAAAGCAGUGAUUCUGAAAACGAGAGUUCAGAUGAAGAGAAGCACAGUGAUUCAAAAUUUGAUGUGGAGGGAAAAAAGGUUGAACCCAAAGAAGACUCCAAAACUAGUGAUGUACAUGUGGUAAAAGAUGAUGAGCCGUGUAGUACUAACAAAGAAGAAAACAGCCAUUCUAAAAUAAGUUCAAAAGCUAACAUAGAGUCAAAACCUGACAUAAAUAUUGUAGCUGAACAAGGUAGUGAAAGCACAGUGGUAGAAAAAAAUACAUCGAAAAUAGUAAAUAGGCAGUCGAAUCAAGAAAAUACUAAGGCAAAGAGCACAUCUGAGGUUCCUGAUGAAAACAGUAAAUCUGAAACACAAUCUGAUAACAUAGACAAAGUAACAAAUAGAGGGAAAAAUCAAGAAAAUACCAAGGAAAAGAGUACAGCUGAGGUUCCUGAUGAAAACAGUAGAACUGAAACGCAACCUGAAAAUGUGGACAAAGUAACAAAUGGAGGAACAACUCAAGAAAAUGCCAAGGACAAGAGCACAGCUGAAGUUCCUGAUAAAAAAAAUAAAUCUGAAAAACAACCUAAUAAUAUUUCAAAUGAAAAUAUAGAAAAUACUUGCAGCUCUAGUGGUAAAAAAAGCACAGAUGAUGAGAGUGCUGGAUAG